AACUGAUCGCCACUUCUACGCUCCACUUUCAGUGUCGUCCUCCUCACUAGGGUAAAACCACCGCCACUGAAGCAUCUCCUCUCCAACACCAAAUCCCUAAAAAUGGCUUCAAAAUUCGCCCAAUCUCUCUCCCUCUCCCUCUCCUCCUUCCUCCUCCUCCUCCUCCUCCUCCUCCUCCUCCUCUUCUUCUCGCAAACCCUAGCCACGCACCAUGAGGACCCGAUUAGGAAGACCAUGGAGGAGUUCUCCGGGUACCCGACCGAUCCCCACCACUCGUUCGCGCCGCUCUCUCCAUCGUCCUUAUCCGUGGACGAGGAGAGAUUACAGGGGCAGAUAGAUGAAUUGGCAAGCUUUUCUGAUUCACCUGCGCCAUCGGUGACUCGAAUUUUGUACAGCGAGAAGGAUGUGUUAGCUCGAAGCUUUGUGAAAGGACUAAUGGAGCAGGUUGGACUCGCUGUUCGUGAGGAUGCUGUCGGUAACAUAUUUGGUCGAUGGGAUGGUUCUGAGAAGGGGUUAGCCGCAGUUGCCACUGGUUCUCACAUAGAUGCCAUUCCAUAUUCGGGAAAAUAUGAUGGGGUUGUCGGUGUUUUGGGUGCUUUGGAAGCAAUUAAUGUACUAAAGAGGUCUGGUUUUCAGCCAAGAAGACCCCUGGAGGUAAUUAUGUUCACAUCAGAGGAGCCUACACGCUUUGGCAUCAGCUGUUUGGGAAGCCGCUUAAUGGCAGGGAGUGAAGCACUAGCUAAUUCCUUGAAAGAAAUAGUUGAUGGUCAAAAUAUUUCCUUCUUUGAUGCUGCCAAAUUCGCUGGUUAUGAUAUUCGCGCUGAAGACUUGCGAAAUGUGUUUCUGAAGAAAGGAAGUUAUUUUGCUUUUCUAGAACUGCACAUAGAGCAGGGUCCCAUUCUUGAAGAAGAAGGUAUUCCCAUUGGUAUUGUUACUGCCAUUGCUGCUCCUGCAAGUAUAAAAGUAGAAUUCGAAGGCAACGGAGGUCAUGCUGGAGCAGUCCUAAUGCCAGCAAGAAAUGAUGCAGGAUUGGCGGCAGCAGAGUUGGCAUUAGCUGUUGAGAAAUAUGUUCUAGAAUCUGGAUCAAUAGACACUGUUGGAACUGUUGGUAUUUUGGAGCUGCAUCCAGGAGCAAUCAAUAGCAUUCCAAGCAAAUCUCGCUUAGAAAUUGAUACACGAGACAUCGAUGAGAAGAGAAGGAAUGUUGUUAUUGAAAAAAUUCAUCAGGCUGCAGUUAAUAUAUCUCUUUGUCGAGGAGUUAAGCUGUCGGAGUUCAAGAUCAUCAAUCAAGAUCCACCCGCGCUGUCUGAGAAGUCAAUCAUUAAUGCAAUGGAGGUUGCUGCACAACAGUUAAACCUUACUCACAAGUUAAUGAUUAGUAGAGCUUACCAUGAUUCACUCUUCAUGGCGAGGAUAUCACCGAUGGGGAUGAUCUUCAUUCCCUGUUACAAAGGCUACAGUCAUAAGCCUGAAGAGUAUGCUUCCAUAGAAGACAUUGCAAAUGGGGUCAAGGUGUUAGCUCUAACACUAGCUAAACUAUCACUUGAGUGAGUGAUGCAUCAAUGAAAUGCUUAAGAACUGUAACCAGAUCGCACAUGUUUAUUGUUGUGGAGCAUGAAGAACUGUAAACUAUACAUCAGAGGAGCUCUAAAAUUGCACUGAACUGCCAAAACGGAAUUGAAUUCAUGUAUUGAGGAUGACCGCAUGUCCGAAUAAUGAGAAAUCAAUGUGCUAUUUUCUGUGAAUUA